CCUUCAAAUUUUUUUAUUUUUUUUAAAAAAAAACACUAUGGCAACUUGCAAUGGAAAUGGAGCACCAAAAUUUUCCUCAAAAUUACAAGUUGAAGCAAUUCAAACAGUAAUACCAAUGAAGAUAACUGAUCCACGUUUAUCGAGGCGAGUCGUUUUACCUGAUACGUUUCACUCAGGCGAUUUACAAAGGCGAUUCCAUAUGGUUUUGUAUUAUAACAAAGCGUCAGAGACGGAUUCAGGAUGGAUAGUUGCUGGUUGGUUUAAAGAGUCAUUAGGAAGUGCAAUAGUUGAAAAUCCAAUAUUUGCUGGAAGAUUAAGAAAAUUAGAGGAUGAUAAUAUUAAUAAUAAUGGAAAAUUUGAAUUAGUUUCGAAUGAUUCUGGUGUUAGAAUGAUGGAAGCUAAUUAUCCAAAGAAUAUGGAUGAUUUUAUUGAUUAUAAGAAGGUGGAAAAUGUUGAAAAUGAACUUGUUUAUUGGGAAGAUAUUCAUGAAAUUAGUCCUCAAUUUUCUCCACUUUUCUAUGUCCAGGUGACAAAUUUCAAGUGUGGAGGAUACUCAAUUGGGAUAAGUUGCAGCCUAUUUCUAGCUGACCCUUUUGCCAUGACAAGUUUUUUAAAAUCUUGGUCCAAUAUUCACAACAAUCUUGUUUCACAAAUUGAUGCACCAAAAAUACCGUCAUUUUAUACACCAAAUUUCACAAAAAUUGGCUCUUCACAAAACCUAUCUAUUACUAGCCCAAAAACAAAAAAACAAAUCACCAAAACUUUUAUUUUCAAAAAUUCCAAAAUGAAAUUAAACAACAAUGAAUCCCUAAAGAAUCUUGCAUCAAAAUGUAUUGGAGAAAUUGAGAGCAAAAUUGGUAAAAAAAUUUCAUCAAAUUUUACUUUUUUGGUGAAGGAGAAUUUUGAAAAUAUUAAGAUGGAAAAUUGUUCAAGAGAGGAGAUAAUUAAGAAGGAAAAUGGAUUAUUAUCUAUAGUAUUAGCAAAUUGGGAUGAUUUGGGAGCUAAUAAAGUGAGAUUUAUUGAAGGAAAUAAAGCUAUUCAUAUUUCUUAUUGGAUUAUUAAUGGAGAAAAUAAUCAAGAUCUUGUGAUGAUUAGUCCAACUCAUGAUGAAGAUAAUCAUGAAUUAAACAUUAUAAUUACAAUCUCUAAUUAAAUUCUUGAGAUUAAAGUUAUAAUGACAAAGUUAUAAUCAUUUUUCCAACCCCACCAAGAAAAAAAGAAAAAAAAUCUUGGGGUCCGAUCCUUUUCUGAAUUACACGUGAUCAUGAAAUGUUUUGUGCAUCGAGCUGCUCCGCAUUUUAUUUUGGAUUUGUGGUGGAAUUGGUUCUCUUUUAACUUGUUGUUUAAGGGAAUUGUUGUACUAUUUUUAUUUAUUUUAUAUAUAUUGUAUUCUUGGAAAUGAAAAUUAGCUUUUGUUUG